AUGAACGACCCCCUGAAACCGUAUCUUAAAUUCUCCGAUGCGGACCGACAUCCACAUACUCCAGCGCUGGAGGUAACACUAACUGCACCCAGAAACUUCUAUACUGAAAGCCCGAAUUUGAAUCUCGUUACAGUGACUAUCACGCGAUCCAAGGAGCACCAGGAACCCAAGCCAUGCUACUUCUACUGGUCCCCAAGCACCGAUGAAGGAUUCAGGGUCUUUCGUGACUCGUCCAGUGAGGGCCUAAUGGAGGUGGAGGUGCAGUCAGGUUGCUCCUCACCAAUAACGCGGCAAUCAAACCCUCUUCACCUCUGGUACUUGGGUGCGGAUGAUGAAGCCGUGUCGUGGGAUAUCCCUCUUGGGGAGAAUCUAUGUCGAUCCGUUAUAAAAAGUGAAUGGAUCAAAUACGAGCUCUUCUGGCCCGGAGGUGAGGUGCAUUUUUGGGAUUGGGGAUCGAAGGAUACAAAUAUAGAAACGUUGAAAAUCACGGAGCUGGAGGCCAAAUCGACCCCGAUGACACUGCCUGGAGGCGCACGAUGCUCCUUCAGUUUAAUCGAAGGUAGUGAGCCGCCGCCGCCACCAAGGCCAUUGACUCCCCCAAUCAUCGAAUUAGAUCCCAAUACUCUCUCCCCAGGCGUGCCGAUAUUCAGCCUCGAGAUUGAAGGCCCGCCGACGUGGAGAAUCCAAGAAAGGUGGCCGUUGACCUGGAAGCUUACCUACCACGGGGUAUCAGGAGACGAGACCCCUCGACCGAUUACUUUCUCAGUGGGCGACUUGUAUGAUUGGGAGGUAUCUUGUUUCUAUCGGCGUAGCCAGGAUACUGGAGAGUGGGAGUCCUGGCGCGGCGAUGGCGUAUGUGGAUACGGUUUGUUUGAGGAUGAAGAGGUUCCACGAACAGUAGGUACAAGCGACGGUUUUAUGUCUCUACAGCCCAACGAGACCUGGACUGAAGUACAAAGGCUUGACACUAUGGUUGAUCUACCAGAGGAUGCUCGCGAUGGAGAGGUCAUGCGACACCGAUUCAAGGGAUGCAAGUGGACUUGGUGGGAUUGGGGAACAAAGGAGGAUCAUAUGGACACUAUUGUAAUGGUAGUUGGAUUCGGGGUGAUCACUAAGCCAGCUGACAAUGACGGACGGCCGGAGGUGGUGGUGCCGGCUUCGAAUAUGGUGGAGUUUACAGCUGUGAACUAG